ACAAGGCGUUGAGUCUCCUCAAGUCCUCCUGGUGUCCAGCUUUCAUCUCCACCUGUAUGACUUCCCUCUCUUAGUGAACACCUUUGUUUCAACAUUCAGACUCCAGUUUUCAAGGAUUACUAUGGAGGAUCCAUCUGAUCUCAAAUCAACUGAAGACAUAAAAAUAGCAUGAGAAAGCAGCAAUCGGGCCUUAGCUGUAAGAAUGAUCCAGGAGUAUUUGGACAGGAAGAAAAAUAUUCCACUAAAUAUUGGCUCCACAGGAGAGUCUGGCUCUGCUAAAUCCACCUUCGUUAAUGCAAAAACAAAAACACUAGAAAGCAAUAAUCAAGUCUUAGCUGAAGAAGUUAUACAGGAGUAUCUGGACAAGGAGAAUGAUAUUUCACUAAAUAUUGCCGUCACAGGAGAGUCUGGCUCUGGUAAAUCCACCUUCAUUAAUGCCUUCAGAGGCAUAAAUAACGGAGAUGAGGGAGCUGCUCCUACUGGUCCUGUAGAAACCACCUCAGAGGUUACACCAUACCCCCAUCCCAACUAUCCCAAUGUCACACUGUGGGAUCUUCCUGCUAUUGGCACUCCCAACUUUCCAGCUGACAACUACCUGAAGCUUGUUGGAUUUGAAAGGUUUGACUUCUUCAUCAUCAUCUCAGCCACUCGCUUCAGAGAAAAUGAUGUGAAGUUCGCUCAGGAGAUUCAGAGGAUGGGGAGAAAGUUCUACUUUGUUCGUUCAAGGAUUGACACUGACAUACACGAUGAGGAAAGAUGUCAGAGGUCAAAGUUCAACGCAGAAAGGUGUCUUGAACAAAUCAAGGAAAACUGCACACAAGGUCUUCAAAGACAAGGCGUUGAGUCUCCUCAAGUCUUCCCGGUGUCCAGCUUUCAUCUCCACCUGUAUGACUUCACUCUCUUAGGGGACACCUUUGAGGGAGAACUUCCUGCACACAAGAAGCAUGCUCUGCUGCUGGCCAUGCCCAACAUCAGCCUGGAGGUCAUUGACAAAAAGAAAAAGGCUUUUCAUGCCCAAAUUAAAUACUAUGCUAUGCUUAGUGCAGGUGUAGCAGCUGCACCAGUUCCUGGGCUUUCUGUUGGAGUUGAUGUGGGUGUGUUGGUUUCUGUUGUUACACAGUAUGUAAAUGGGUUUGGGCUUGACGUCCUGUCUUUACAGAGACUUGCUGACAGUACACAUGUGCCACAUGAUGAACUGAUUGCCACCAUAGUUUCACCACUGGCUGCAGUUAAAAUAACCCCUGGUCUUGUGUUGAAGGUGCUUUCUCAGUGUGCAGGCACAGCUGCAUUAAUGGCAGCAGAGGAAGGGUCCAGAUUUACUCCAAUAUUGGGAAUCCCUGCAGCAAUGAGUCUCUCUUUUAUCUCCACCUACAGAGCUCUCAAUUAUUUCCUUGACACACUUGCUGAGGAUGCACAGAGGGUGUUUAUAAAGGCACUGGGUUUGGACACCUCAGUGUGAUUUUGUGAGGUGAAUGGCAGUGGUGUUUAAUGGCACAUUAAAUACUGCAGAGAAAGAGCUUUUGGAUUUUUCUUUUAAUAAAUUGCAUUGUUUUUUAAUAA